UAUUUAUUAAUCAUCAUAAGAUAGCGGAAGGUAUAAAAGUUUCGAAAACCCACGCAGUGUGCAUAUUUGAUAAUUUAUCUACGAUAUUAGCAGAUUUGAUCAGAUUAGUUAAUGUAUCGACAAAGUCAAGCAGCUGAAAACGCAAGAAUGGCUGAAAAGAUGGAAAACGAGCAAUUUAUUCAAAGAUUGGGAAAUUUGCCUAUGGUCAGUUCAGCAUGGAAUCUUGGUUGUGAUGUCUACCAGAAGACAAAAGCUAGCAAUUCACUGAUCAAAAAAUCUUUUGAUAUGGCAGAGGGAAGUGUUAAAACUGUGGCUAAUACUUCCUUACCUUUGAUCGCUAAAGUUCAGCCUCAAAUUGAUUAUGUAAAUCAAGUUGCUGUACAACAAUUGGUCAAGUUAGAGGAGAAAUACCCUGUUAUAACUAAAUCUCCUAAUCAGGUCUACAAUGAAGGUAAAGAAGCCUGUAAGGGAGCUUGUCACACUGUUGUACAACCAGCAGUUAAUGGUUAUAAUUCUGUCGUUACCAUGGGAACAGAGCAGAUAACCAGAGUGAAAAAUGUUGGUCAGAACAUACUUGAUAAAACAUUAGAAACUUCAUAUGGUAAAUAUGUCGCUGAUAAAGUAGAUGAUGUUUUAACUUAUUCUGAAAAUUAUGUUGAUAAAUAUCUAUGUGAAUCUGAUGAAACAUGUAAAAUGGAGGUUGACAUGGUAACAAAGAAUCCUAUCACCAGAGUUGGGGUCCUGAGUCAUAAAGUUCGACAGAGAAUGUAUAAAAAAGCUAUGACUGACAUUACUCAAGUCAAAAUACGUAGUCAAGAGGCCAUUGAUAAACUCAAAUUUAAUGUUGAUUUGAUUGAGUAUGCUAGAUCUAAUAUUGAUGGUGCUAAAAGUCACAUGAAUGAAACCUGGUCUAAAUUAACAAUGGCAGAAGAUAUCCCAGAACCUAAGACUCUUGAAGACAAAAGUAUUAAUGUAACAAGAAAUCUUGCUCAUCAAGUUCGAAACAGUUUCACUACUCUCAAGUCUUACUCUGAUAAUGGCUCUGAUUAUAUCUCUCAACAACUGAAAAUGGCUAAAACAUAUGCUGAUGAUAUCUACAUUUCUUUUACCAAGGUUGACAGCUAUGAUGAAAUACCAACAUGGGUACUGAAUCAAACUAAAGACAAAUUAAGCUAUCUGACUGAAAUACUCUCUUUCACAGCUGAUAUUGUUUUCUUAACUCCUGUUAGAUGGUUGACAAUAGAUUAUGACAUCAAUGAAAUUAAUUUUGAUGAUGAUGAAGUUGCUCAAUGUAAUGGAGUAGGAUCUGCUAGCACAAUGCAAGUAGCUUGCGAAGCUUAAUUCAACUCAAUAAAUUUUAACAUAGGGUUGGGCGAAUGUUUAUGUGUUGUUUUCUUUUCAUUUAAUAUUAGCCCAAAUGCUAAAUCAUUUGCAUUACAAUUGGAUAAUUAUGCAUUUCUGCGGCUUGAAACAGAUAAGUUUACCCAAACUCUGUAUAUAUUCCACAUUUUUAAGCUUACUAAUAUGUACUAUGCCAGGCUGGAUAAAAUAUGACAACUAAACCCAAAACACCCCCUAAUUUAACAAAUAAGCUCUUUCAAUCAUACCUGUACAUACAUUUCUAUGUCAAUAAUAGUAUGCUUAUGCAUGUGUGGAUGAGUUCAAUUGAAAGUUGAGGGGUGUCAAGUAGAUAGUAUGCAGAAAAUACCAUUAACCAAAAUUUGUUUGUUAAGUAUUUCAAAAAAACAAAACAAUUCAUAUUUGCAAUGAUAUGAAUUUUUUUCAAAAAUUGUUGUGUUUUUGGUAAUUAGGGUGUUUUUUUUAUGUUUUUUCUUAUGCAUUCUAUUUCGCUCACUUGUGAACUAAAUGCUUCAGGCUUAGAUUAUAUUAGGUUUCCAAUAAAAAUUUUAGCGUUUCAAAUGUUUUAGUAGCCUUCAUGUUAUAGAAUCACUCUUACGCAAAUAGCUUUUUUGGCAAUUUUUGCAACAUGUAAUUCUUCACAACAUUUUAGAUGUUCUUUUAUGUAUUCAUGUUUUAAAAUGUAGAUCUAUAUUGUAAAAUAUUUGAUCAAAUAAAAUAUCUCUUAAAUGUU